GUUCAAAAUCCUCAACAAAAGAUGCUACCUCAAAGAUUACAUCAUCAGAAAGGGGAUCCAAUUGGUUGUUCACAAUUUUCCUCCAUUCCUCACAAACUUGUUCUGGGAUCGGAAACACGCGAAUUGACUGUUGACAUCGUCUCAAAAGAAAUUAUCAAAAAUACAAUCGAGAGUUAUACCAAGGCUUGCCAAAAAUAUGAGGAAUGGGAGAAACUUAAAUACUUGGAUGUCAAACUUCUCUGGGAUAAUAUUAAACCUGAACAUGUCAAGACGGAGUUGAUAUUUUUGCUUUCUUAUUGCAACAAAAUAAAAGGCAGUAAACGUGAAAAAAAUCUAGCUUCAACAAUUGAACAACUGGUGGAAAUUCCGGAGUGGUGGAUUCGACUGAAUCAGUUGGUCGAGGCGCUAGAAGUUUUUGAAUUUACGGUCGACUCGAAGUUCUGGGCAAAGAAGUAUCUUCAAAACCUGAAAGAUGAUGAUUUAACCCUCGAUAAAAUAACCGAAAUGUUUAAAAAUAUCAAUUUUUGCUUGACGCGAAGCAAAGUAACAAACAACACUUGGGAGGUUGCCAGAGAAAUCUCGACCUCUCGAGGAUUUAUAACGUUCCUCAGGUCUUUGGUCGGUCACGAUCUGAAAAAUUUGAUUAAUGGAGUCGACGAUCAUUCGGAUGAAAGAUUGAUGCAGGCAGAUACUGUAUCUACCUUUAUUCAAGUCAAAUCGAUUUUGGAGCCUUUGCUAGAUAAGAAGUCGAAAGACACCUCUAGCCACGCUCUAAAUAUAUUCUUUCCAAAGUUCAUCGAGGUUACUGUGAAUAAUCCUGUGCUUGCCGGAAAGAUAAGGCUUUGCAACUCUAAUUAUCAAGCUUUGAAAAACAUGUAUGAUCCUCACCACAAACGACCACAGGGAUGCAAGUACGAGCUCUCAAGAGAAUUAAUGCCAUCUUUAAUAAAUUUUCGACCGAUAAAGCAUACGGAUAAUAUUCACGUCUCUCGAGAGUUGUUCUUGCGAGACACUCCAAUUUUCUUAAAAUUUGUUCAGGAGGCAUUUUUUCGAAAUCUUCUAGAGAAAAAUUCGUACCUUCCACGUUUUCGGGCACUAAAUCUUUGCUUCGAUAUAAGGCACAUAUCGAAUCCGGAGUUUGCGACGCAAAAACCACUAGCAAAUGAUUUGAAUCUUCCCAGG